GGGGGUGCCUCUCCCUGAAGGUGCUGCUUAGCACCUUAGUGCCUCCCUUGGCCUGGAGAGCGAACAGUGUGUGUGUGUGUGUGUGUGUGGGGGGGUGCUCCUGCAUUAAUUAAGCGCCUAAGCUAACUUUUAAGACUCCACCAAGAUGGCGAAACCCAUACUUGAAGAGGGUUCGCGGUGCAUUGUGGGAAGAGGAGGUGCCAUCUAUUCACCACCAUCGCGGUGCAUUGUGGGAAGAUGGCGGCGCCCAGCUACAGGGCGCUGUUCAGAGCCGUGCAGAGAUGGCGCUGGGGGGCUUUCAGCGGUAGCGGUUGCUGCCGGGGACUCUCGAGCUUGGCGGUUCCCCGGUCGAAGUGGAGGCUGCACGGGGCGCUUUGCUUGCAGAGGUCGCCCACAGUGACGCAGGAGAUGAACCCGUUUGAGAAGGAAAUGGCUGAGUUGGUGGAGCAGAUGGAUGUAGAGAAGAGCUUGUAUUCAGACCACGAGAUCCGCUGCCUGGCAGAGGAGGAGCGCAUGCAGCAAAAGAAAGAGAUGUAUGAAGAUGAUGAUGGCGGGAAGGAGAUUUUGUUGGCUCAAGACUUGGAAGAUGCAUGGGAGCAGAAGCUGCGCAAGUUCAGCCCUGCCCCACGGAUCACAGACGCCGAUAAAGAUGGUGAUCGGACAUCUUUGAACAGGAAGCUGGACCAGAAUCUGCUGCUGUUGGUUAAGCAGAAGGUUGGCGACCAAGAGAUCUGGCUGUUGCCCCAAGCAGAGUGGCAGGAUGGGGAAACCCUGCGAGCCACAGCAGAACGAGCUCUGGUUGAGCUGUCAGGAAGGCACUGGGAGGCCAAGUUCCUGGGGAAUGCACCAUGUGGUUUUUACAAGUACAAGUUUCCUCAAGCGGUCCAGACGGAUACCAGCGUGGGGGCCAAGGUAUUUUUCUUCAAAGCCCUUCUGCAGCACAGCCAGCCAUCCUUGCCCAAGGGUGAACUGGAUCACGUUUGGGUCAGCAAAGAGGAGCUGGCAGACUAUUUGAAACCCAAAUACCACUCCCAGGUUUCUCGGUUUCUUGUGGAUCUGUGAACAGCAAUAGUUGAGAUCUGUCCUUAAUCCAUUGGUGUGGAGGGAGUGGUAUGGGGGAGAAGAUGCUGGGAUUCUCCUCAUUGCACGGUUGUUCCAGCUGAAAGACCUUGCUAAGUUUUUAUCCAUGCUCAAUAAAAGAAACAACUUGC